AUGGAUGAAUUCGAGCGAAUCAAAGACCUUGGGAAAGGAAGCUUUGGCUGCGCCAUACUUGUACGCCGGAAAUCAGACAACAAGCAGCUUGUCGCCAAAGAAAUCAAUUUGGCUCAUCUGUCAAACAAGGCUAUCGACGAAGCACGGAAAGAAGCGACAUUUUUAAAAGAGCUUACCCACCCGAAUAUAGUGCGAUAUGAGGGUUGCUUCGAGCGCAACAACCGGCUCAACAUAUUGAUGGAGUUCUGCGAAGGCGGUGAUCUGGCGCAGAAAAUUAAGAAGCAGAAUGGGGUGCUUUUUGACGAGCCGCAAGUGCUCGACUGGUUCGUGCAAGUCUCACUCGCUGUCAGAUACUGCCACGAAAAGAAAAUUCUACACCGAGACAUCAAAACCUCAAACAUAUUUCUUCAUCGCUAUGGAAGACAGGUUAAACUCGGAGAUUUUGGAAUUGCACGAGCUCUGGACAGUACGACUGAUAUGGCGAGAACUCUCAUCGGGACUCCUUUUUAUAUUAGUCCUGAGAUAUGCGAGGGGAAGCCCUACAAUUCUCGCUCUGAUGUAUGGAGUCUCGGAUGCGUUUUAUACGAGAUGUGCACACUCAGACAUCCUUUCGAAGCUGCCAAUAUGCGAGGACUAGCCGCAAAGAUAAUGCGAGCAGAAUAUGCGAAGCUCAGUCCGAGGUAUUCACAAUAUGUGAGAAGCUUGGUCGCCGAGUGUUUCAAGAGAGAUCCGACCAAGCGACCUAGCGUCAAUGCCAUUCUAAGAAGACCCAAAAUGAAUAACAUUGCCCUUCAGUAUGAACCUACUCUCAAUCUAAAGCCAGCUCCAAGUGCCAGAUCCGUGAUGGCAGAUAAGCAGAAACGAUCGAGAAGCCCCGAUCGUGCUCCAGAAAGGCGAAUAGCAUCGUCUGCGGUGAGCAAAGAAAAAGACAAAAACAAAUCCAAAAUGUAUACGGAAAUCAGAAAAGAAAAGCGCGCCCAGAAAGCACGAGAGGCUGAAAGACAGAAGAUUAUCAGCGGGAUUCACGCAUCAGUUGCUUCCAGUCGCGCAUCCAGUGCUGUGUCGAGGUCUUCUGCGGCAGCGAUGCAAGCUCCGCCACCAGGCCCAAGUGUCGAGGAAAUCUGGUCGCAGCGCCACAAUGAAAUUCUGAAAGACUAUUACGCGAACAAAGAAGCUGCAAGAAGGAAUAAAGUUCUUCAACGAGGCGGCGUGCUGCCCGAACCUAGAAUUCCAAAAGCAUUUGACCCAGAUCAUCAGGAGGCGUCAAAAGAAAAUGAAGAAAACUCCUCCAGAAAUAACAGUCUCAGUGAGCGUUCGAUCAAUUCUGAGUCUCCCUCCGCUCAAGAGAGAACCCGUGCGCUUGAGAAAAAGAAAUCUGCACUGCAGCGGCUAAAUGAGCGCAAAUCUGAAGCUCUUGAAACAUCGAUGAAGAAGCCAGAUGAAGGCGGAGAUCGAGCUGUCGCGCCACUUCAUUUAUCUUUGGAUCGCACAUCCUCCGAUGCCUCUUCUGAAUCAGAGCAGCCUUCAGCGCGUAAACAGUGGGAUGCACCUUCAAAAACAAUCGUCAACAACUUUCAAGAAAUGAAAAUCGACAUUGGUUCCAUCAAAAGCUCAAACUUUGGAGAGACAAUAACAAUUUCAUCGUCUGUUGGCAAUGCAACCGAAAACGACAAAGACUUGGUCCCAGCAGAAACGAGGGAAAAGUCAACGAAGACAGGGGAUAAUAAAACGUCCAGUUUAACAGAGAAUGACAAAGAAGAUGUAAGCGUCCCAAAAGAGCCGGUUCAUCAGCCAAUUAUCAAGGCAAAGCCUGCGCUUAUUAAAAAGUAUAGUUUCACGAGUCUAGAGAAGACUCAUGAGUCGGUCGUGAUCCCAAAAGAAAAUAUAACCCGACCACCUUCAAAAGUAGAGAAAAGCUCCGUUCUCCGCAAUUUGGCAGCGAAGUUCGACCCGCAUCGAAAAGAUGCCCCUGCAGAAUCCAGUGAAUCAGAAAAAUCUUUCGAAAAAGCAGUCGAUAACCAAGAGAUUCAUUUCAAAACUCCACCCGUUCCAGAAUCUUCAGUUCAAAUCGAUCACAAAGGAGAUAUUGGAAGCCUUCAUGAUGAAAGCCUGGACGAUAUUCAAAUUCGAUCGACAGCAAUCGACGAUGCUACAAUCAAGAGCUUAUCAACGACGACUUUAAAGACUAUAAACAGUGCUCGGUCAAGUCCCAUUCCAAUAAAGAUGAGUCUUAGUCCAUCUGGCGUGGGUCCCUUCAAAGUCAUUCCAAAGAAAUCUAUUGGAUCCGCUCCUAGUCCAUCUCCAGUUGUCGUGAAGCCUUCUCUUCCUCACUCGAGCUUAAAGAGUUCAAAAUCCAGCGCAUCUCCAGGCCGCUUGCCAAGCCCUGAGCCUUCCACUUUCACACCACGUAAUGCCGAAAAGGAAAAACAAUCAAGUUCAACAGUGCCUCCACCUAUCUCGAAUAACUUACGAAUAUCGCAGUCUCUCCCUGACCUUUCAAAAGCCGACGCCGAAUCAGUUCCUUUGCCACAAAAUGAAAGUAUAACACUAGUACGCCCUGUUAAAGUUCGGUCCCGUAGCCCUUCAUUAGUACGAGUAGAAAAAUCUAAAAACCAGGCUCCAACUUCGAGCUCGCCCCCGAAGAUCAUGCAACCAGUUUUGACUAAAACGGCUCAAACGUCGAAUAACCAAACAGACGAAUCAUCCUUGGAGUUAUCCGCUAUUUCUCGUUCGUCGAAGGACUCGUCGGUAAAGGAAUCUUCAAAAGAAGAUAUCGGAUCCGUCUUCACGCCGAUCGGAAAUCGUCUCCAGGAUCUGGAAAAUACCAAUUCCGAUGAGCAAGUCAUGGCGAAUAUGCAGAGCCUGAUUGACGUCCAAGAGUCGAUAAAUGUCGACGAUAUUGAGAACGAGUCGGAAAAAGAAAACUCACCAAACUCAACUCAGACAACAGAUGAAACAGGCGAUGACGAUCUUUGGGAGUCUUCGACACACAACUCUUCGAAAACAAAGAAGACUCUCAAUCCAUUUGACGAUCUGGAAGUAAAGCGUAUGAACCUAGAACAGGAACUUGGAAUCAAGCUCAUGGUUGACGCAUAUAAGAUUCUCAGUCAAAGUUUGGACGACACUUCUAUUUCUACAAUGGUUCAAAAUCAGAUGAAGACCUUACUUGCGGAAAAGUAUGAGUCUUUCUUUCCCCGAAUAAUGCAGCUGGUCGUCCAAGAUUCUAUAACUUACGAUCGAAACUGUAUUUAA